GCGCCGGCCGCGCGGCAAGGGCAGUGGCAGCCCGCCCUGCUAGGGGUACGCCAUGUCGUUGCGCAGCCUGCACCGGCGGCUCUCGUCCGCCAACAAUACAUGCGAAGAUGGUGGAGGCGGUGCAGCGACAGGUACCGGAGGCAGGGCGGCGUCAUUGCGGCUGGCCAACGGCCGAGUGGCAGCGCAGUCGGCGGAGCAGCUACCGCACUCGCCGGCCGACUGCGCCUCGGUGCGAAUCUCCAUCGACAACACCAACACCUGCUGCACAGACUCGUUGGUCACCGCCCUCGAUGACGAGACUCUGCUGCUAGGCGACGCCGACAUGUCGCUGAAGCAGGGCAGCGGCACGGGCAAAGUCCAUUUUGGCGGGCUGGACGAUGUUUCCUUGUACGGCACGCCGGUGGAACCCGCCCCUCCCGCGCCUGACGCCAAGCAAGGGUUCCUUCGCAACCAGCUGCAAGCCCUCUUUCAACCAACAGACAACAAGCUCGCCAUGAAACUCUUCGGGUCGAAAAAGGCGUUGAUGAAGGAACGGAUCCGGCAGAAAGCUGCGGGGCAUUGGGUUAUACAUCCAUGCAGUAGUUUCAGAUUCUACUGGGACCUGUGCAUGCUGUUGCUUUUGGUGGCAAACCUGAUUAUCCUGCCGGUGGCCAUUUCCUUCUUCAAUGACGACCUCAGUACGCGCUGGAUUGCCUUCAACUGUCUCUCCGACACAAUAUUCCUUAUAGAUAUCGUUGUUAAUUUUAGAACAGGAAUAAUGCAGCAAGAUAAUGCAGAACAAGUGAUAUUAGAUCCCAAGUUAAUAGCGAAGCACUAUUUGAGGACAUGGUUCUUCCUUGACCUCAUCUCUAGUAUACCACUAGAUUAUAUAUUCUUGAUCUUCAAUCAGGUAAACGAUUUUAGUGAGAGCUUUCAAAUUCUUCAUGCGGGGCGCGCUCUUCGGAUACUCCGGUUAGCGAAGCUGCUUUCCCUGGUGCGGCUGCUUCGACUCUCAAGACUCGUCCGAUAUGUAUCGCAAUGGGAGGAAGUAUAUAUGAGUCCCGGUCCGCAGCCACGUGGCGCGCCGGGCGACGACGGCGCGGGUUCCCGCGACCUCGCUUCGCAGAUCUUGCAGAAUCUUCAAAAAAAGCGCACGGAACGGAGGGGACGCCUCAGCUCCGAAGUUGCCAAAAAGAAGGGUCGCACCAAAAGCAAUCUGAUCUUCAAGUUCCUCAACAUGGCGUCAGUGUUCAUGCGGAUAUUCAACCUGAUCUGCAUGAUGUUGCUAAUCGGACACUGGUCCGGUUGUCUGCAAUUCCUUGUUCCCAUGCUGCAAGGGUUCCCGCCCAACUCGUGGGUCGCAAUUAAUGAAUUACAGGAAGCGUUCUGGUUGGAGCAGUACUCGUGGGCGCUAUUCAAAGCGAUGUCGCACAUGCUUUGCAUCGGGUACGGCCGGUUUCCGCCGCAGUCGCUCACAGACAUGUGGCUCACGAUGCUCUCCAUGAUCUCUGGAGCCACCUGCUACGCCCUCUUCCUAGGUCACGCCACCAACCUCAUACAAAGUCUUGACUCUUCCCGCAGACAAUACAGAGAAAAGAGAUUAGACGUAAAACAAGUAGAAGAAUACAUGGCAUACCGAAAGUUGCCCCGAGAAAUGCGUCAGCGUAUCACGGAGUAUUUCGAGCAUCGAUACCAGGGAAAAUUCUUCGACGAAGAAGUGAUCCUCGGUGAGCUGAGCGAGAAGUUGCGAGAAGAUGUCAUCAACUACAACUGUCGCUCGCUCGUCGCAUCGGUGCCUUUUUUCGCAAACGCCGACUCCAACUUCGUGUCGGACGUCGUCACAAAGCUACGAUAUGAAGUCUUCCAACCAGGUGAUAUCAUAAUAAAAGAAGGUACCAUCGGUAACAAAAUGUACUUUAUACAAGAAGGCAUCGUGGAUAUCGUGAUGGCGAACGGCGAGGUAGCGACUAGCCUCUCUGACGGCUCCUAUUUCGGCGAGAUCUGCCUUUUGACCAACGCACGAAGAGUCGCCUCCGUCCGGGCCGAGACCUACUGCAACCUCUUCUCACUUUCCGUGGACCACUUCAACGCAGUGCUCGACCAGUAUCCUUUGAUGCGGCGCACGAUGGAAAGCGUCGCCGCCGAACGACUCAAUAAGAUCGGGAAGAACCCCAAUCUAGUAGCGCAUAGAGAAGACGAUACGACAUCGGAAGGGAACACGAUCAACGCCGUGGUAAACGCGCUGGCGGCUGAAGCGGAACACGUGAGCUUGUCGGACGACAGCGUGGCGCGGCUUUCAGAGCGGUCGCUGGGGCUAGCGCUGCAGCCGCUGCAGGCGGCGUCUUGCCGCAUGGCGGGCGUGGCGCUGCCCGGGCUGGGCGUGGCCGCGGCGGCCGCGCUGCCGAGGCCCAAGUCCGAACACGACUUCAGCUCCGCGCAGAGUGCGGCAGCGGCCACGCUCUCGUCGGUCGGCGCCGCCUUCCACAAGUCGGACGCCGGCAUCGCCCCCUGACGCCGCACCGUGUGCUAGGCCGCGCGAGGCCACCGAUAGCAAUACUAGGCUUAGUGCGAAGCGCGCGCCGCCUCGCUAGUUGUAGCGUAGACACGUAUCAUAGCUGCGACUUCGCCGGGCGCGCACGCACCGCGCCGCCCGCUGAAUCUCAUUUUGUGAUCUUAUACUUAAUUCUCCUGUGUUAUAAUUUAGGUUAAAUUUUAUAUCAUUGACGCUGUGAGGAAUCGAAUACGCGACGUAUUCCGAUUGUAUAGAUAUACCUGUUAUAUAUUGAAGAUGAUACUAUUGAAUCUUUAUAGAGAUACCUUGCCAUAAAAGAGAAAAAUAAUUAUAUAGACUAGACUGAAAAUGUAAAGAUAUCACUAUUUUAUGCUUUGUUGGCGUAUGACAUAGACCUCUAUUGUUGAUGUGGAAUAUUCGGUCGUUAGAUACGAACGUUCGAGAUGUAUGUUUAACGUUCCUGAUACACGAUUCGAAGUAUUUAUUAUAUUGAAGUUGUUUAUAAUGUUUAUAGAAGUUGUAUCGUGGGGAUUUAGGGCGUCGUGCUCCGCCGCCGCUUCUGGGACACUCGUCGUGGAACAUUCCCGAUGACUGUUCCUUAAGGUUGCGUCACAAAAAAAGUCUCAAGUGCUCUUCCCAUUGUUAUGACGAGUGCCAUAGUUUCGGGCGAGUACCUCAACAUCACAGGACCCGGAGUCGACGGUGGCGACGGCGCGGCGUCAGACUGCACAAGGGACGCACAACUAAAGAGCCUCACGCGCAAUUCCAAUAGCACACAGUUGCUUUCUUCAUUUUAAUUAUAAGUAGUAAUAUCUACCGAUAAUCGACAUAAUUAGCGCAACCAAUUCUCUCGGUUUCCUAAGUAGAGGUGAUCAGUAGCGCUUCGAAUCUUUUAAGAUUUUCUUUGUAAAUAUUGUAAUGUCGAGGAUUCGCGUUAGUGCCGUUUAUUUCGUUGGAGUGUGUAAGAUAGAUCCCAAUAUAUUGAAAAUGCAGGCACAGGUGUAGGGUGUACAUAAAUGUAACAGUUCGUUUGCUUGUGUAAUUUCUUUCUUCAAGAAAACCAGGUCUUUUAAAUUCACCGUGUUAACAUGCCUUAUCUCAGACGUAAUUAAAUUUACAUUGGCAGCUUUAUCUAUACACUAUUAAAUGCUUGAUCAUAACACCUGUUUAUGACAAAGAAUCGAUGACCUUCCACUCUAGAAGGUAAAGACUACAUGUGUGCCUCUAUAUUCAAUAGGUAAAGUGGGGUUUGCGGGCGUUCGUUCGAGCGGUCCAGUCAAUUAAUGCGAGACGGACGAUACGUCUCUUCUCGAUGCACUAAACACUUCAUACCUUGUUUUUAAUUGUAGGGAAAAUAAUUUAUUGUCGAUAGCGAUCAUUUUGUAGGAAUAAGUAGGCCGGAGCGUUAACAAAUUCGGACGAAUUACGUUUUGUGAUAGCGCAGCGGUUAGCUGCGAGCGCUGCGGUGGGCGGGUCGGGACCGGCACUACUCUACUAGUACAUACUGCGCAUGAUACGAGCUUGUUCGUCUUCUUUCCAUGCUGUACCUACGAGUUAACACUUAGUCCGGCG